CCGCCUCCGGCCCCCCCUCGUGGAAGCGGAGCCCGGCGGGCCGCGGUCUCGCGGGCGGAGGGGCUGGAGCAGGGGAGCCGGCCCUGCUCGGCGGCAGGGAUGGGGAGCAGACGCUGGGAAAGCCCUGAGCGGCCCCAGACUUUGUUUCGACUAAAGCACCCUUAAUCCUCCGGGCCAGGCAGUUAGGCGACUUCGGAAUAGCAUAAGCGAGGGAUGAUGGAAGUGAAAGCAAGAAUCAUUUAGCGAGUCAUUAGAAAAUCUAUCUGUCUCUCUGUCUGCGUGCCUGUCUGUCUGCUAUCUGUCUGCUACCUCCGCCACAAUUGCAUAUUGACUGGACAGAGCUGUCUAAUAUCUCUGGAUUCAUCUACUUACUCUUUCCAUUAUUUAGUACUUUGCUUGUGAACGAGACGGUGCUUUUGAAGAGACGAGAAGCGAAUGAUGAUCCAAAUCGGGAGGGGGGAAAUAAAAAUGAUCGCCCAAAUACAAACACAUCAUUAAACAGGGUGUGUAGCAUCCUGUGAGAAUCCAUUUGGACUGCUCACGUCUGGAUUCUUUCUGUGGCAUAUGUCUGGCUUUAUAUUUUAAGUGGCGAUGAGACCUGGGGAAGAGUCCAGCGUUAACUAAAGCACUGGAAGUUGCAACCACACAAUCAAUCCUCCUAGAGUGGCAUCGGUCCCUAAUAGAUUCUUCAGCGCAGCAGCGAACAUUUUAUUUCUAGUAAAUUUAACUCUAGCCUGGGGUUUUGGUGGCGAUGUUAGGCUGGAAACUGCCCAUUCAUCAGUAGUUUAACGCUAGCGACACGAGGCCCGUUUACAGUUUCCAAUGAUCCGUGAUAAACAAUAACAUGUCUUUUAUUUCUUAAAAACGAGACGAUCCAAUAAAGGGCGCCGAGCCUAAGCAUACAAAGCAGGGCGAGCCGUGGCUUUAUUAAUUUCGUGGCAAACACAGGCUGUGCAGCGAGGUGAGCACGCAUUACUUCCUGAACGCCCGGCUGCGGGGAGAGGAGUGAUAAUAAAAGCUUCAUCUGUGUACCGCUUCAUCCUAGGUAUAAUAAACAUCGCGACCGCUGGGCUAUUUUAUAGUGGUGCGCGCGAUAACGGGGAACGUGAAACUCGGAGCGAGUGCCGCCGAAGCGCACCCCGUCCGCACGCCGGAGCGCAGCGCUCCGCACAGGCGCAGGCACACGCACGUGCGCCCAGUGCGCGCGCGUGUGUGUACAGAAAUCCAUAUCGCACAUUUAUAUACAUAUAUAUCCCAAAUUCAGAGGUCGACCUGAGAGCAGCUCCGUGCAUACGAAACCAGACUGGGAGGGGUUGCUGGGGAGGCCCGGGUUGCCAUUGGCUGCAAGCGUUUGCCGUGGUGCGGGGGUAUCUCUAAUCAUAUUCAGCAUGUUUUGCACAAGAAAUGUCAGCCAGAAAGGGCUAUCUGCUCCCUUCGCCAAAUUAUUCCACAACAAUGUCAUGCUCAGAGAGCCCGGCUGCAAACUCUUUUUUGGUAGACUCCCUGAUCAGCUCGGGCAGAGGGGAAGCGGCGGGAGCAGGAGGCGGAGGCGGAGGCGGAGGCGGCUACUAUCCCAACAGUGGGAUCUACCUGCCACAAGCGUCCGAUCUGUCCUACGGGCUGCAAAGCUGCGGACUUUUCCCCGUUCUGGGCAAACGCAAUGAAGGUACUUCUCCAAGCAUGGUCCCCACCUCGCACCCCUACGUGUCCGGCAUGGAAGUGUGGCUAGACCCGCCGCGGUCCUGCCGCAUGGACGAGCCGGAGCAGCAGCAGGCCACCUCGUGCUCCUUCGCGCAGAGCAUCAAGGAGGAGAGCUCCUACUGCCUCUAUGACUCUGACAAAUGCCCCAAGGGCUCGGCCGCCGCCGAGCCCGCGCCCUUCCCGCGCCUGAGCGCCGAGGCGGCCGCCGCCGGCGCGGGCGGCGGGGUGCCGGUGCCGGGCUAUUUCCGCCUGUCGCAGGCGUACGGCGCGGCGCGGAGCUGCGGCGCGGGGCCCCCCGCCGCCGCCGCUGCCGCCCCCCCCUUCGCGCCGCGGCCGCCGGGCCGCUUCGAGGCGCCGCCGCCUCUGCCCUCGGUGCCGGGCGCCGCGCGGAGCGAGGACGAGGAGCGCUCCCCCAGCCCCCUGGCCUGCGUCUCCCAGAGGGAGGAAGAGACCCAGGCUUCGUCCUCGACGGCAGAGGAGCUCUCGCCAGCUCCGUCGGAGAGCAGCAAAGCCUCUCCCGAGAAAGAGCCCGUAGGCAAUUCAAAAGGAGAAAAUGCAGCAAACUGGCUAACCGCAAAAAGUGGCAGAAAGAAACGGUGCCCCUAUACCAAGCAUCAAACUCUCGAGCUGGAAAAGGAGUUUCUAUUCAAUAUGUACCUGACUCGUGAGCGUCGCCUAGAGAUCAGCCGCACAGUCCACCUCACAGACAGACAAGUUAAAAUCUGGUUUCAGAACCGCAGAAUGAAACUGAAGAAAAUGAACAGAGAGAAUAGAAUUCGGGAGCUCACAGCCAACUUUAAUUUCUCUUGAUGAACCUAUAAACACAUCUUUAUGGUUUAAAGAGCCAGUAUCAUUUUCCUAGGCUGUAGACAUCCGCACCUGUAUGGAUUAACGAUUUUAGACAUUCUCAGUAUGUCCUUAACCUCUUUAUAGCUACUUCUUGGGGGGCGGGAGGAGGUGCGGGGGGCGAGCCAUGCUAAUGCACAAAAUGCCUUGUAUGAACUUCCCUCGUUCCUUUAGGUUUCCCCGGGUCUGAAUUGUCCUUUUUAAGGCUUGAAGCAAAGAAAUAUUAUUUCAGGAGCUGCAAAUAUCAUUCCCCCCUAUAUCUCUCUCAAAAGUAAAUAGACUCGGUUAAAAGCGCAUUCUUUCAAAUUAUAGGUGAUGUAACUUAGACUGUAUGUAGCUUCAGAAUGAAUAAUUUAAGCUUUGCCAUAUUUCUAUAUAUUGGGUGCUCAGCUUUUGCCCCUCUGUUUUCCUUUUCUCCCCCUCCCCCCUUUUUCCUUCUAAAAACAGGACUUACAAUAAUGAAAUGCAGGCAUGCUUUAAAAGGGUUUCUCGGGAACUGGUGUUUAGAGCUUUUUUUUUUUUUUUUUUUUUUUUUUUUUUUGCUUUACCUUAGAAGUCAAUAAUACAGCUUUAAAAUUGUCCAGGAAAAUGAAAUCUCUUCUCUUUAAAGGUAUAAAAGAGUUGUGUUACUUAUGGACUAAAUUAUGAAACUUACCUCUGAAUUUCUCUCUCUCUUUCUGGUUGUGGAAAUUUACUUAAUGUAGUUUUGCUUAAAUAUGUGGAAUUAGUGAAUUUUUGUCUAUAAAUAACGUUACCGUUGGUAACGCAUGACAAGCACACAACAUUCCCCCCUUGAGAAAAACAUAGUCACUUUUUCCUCACUAAUUUCACUCAAAAGUGUCUAUCCUGAACAUCAGAAGGACUUUCUGAGCCAGAGUCUAAGAUAGCGAGGGAGAAUAUGUCCGUCUUCCUUUAUACUGUGAAGUUACAUGCAUUAAAGGGUCAAACAUAUAGGUGAAAAAAAGAAAAAAUAAAGAAAGAAGGGGAAAACUAUAAAUACAGAUAUGUAUAAAUGUCUAUUAUUAUGAAAAUGCCGAUACUGUUUUAAGCAAAUGCAUUCUAUCGUUAUUAUAAAUGUUAGUUCUAGCUAUAUCUAGUUCUUACCUUAAAUCGGAAUAAAUUAAUAUUGUAAUGCUGCUGUGCGUGAAAAGACGAUGUUUAUGUUCUCAUAGAAGAAUAAAAAACGUGGAAUGGAUCCUUUUAA